CUGCACUGUCCUGUCAUCUAUAUAACACACACAGCACUUGAUCCUCUCCGGCCGAGCUGCUCUAGCGACAAACCGUACCGUACGUGCCUCCGACCCUCUUCCUCAACCGCACAUCCACAUCCGCGCCGCCUUUGCAGAGCCAUGGCGGCGGCUCGCACCACCCGCAUCAGCAGGCCGGGCGGCGGCGCGGGGGCUGCUGCCGCCGCCGCCGCGGCGGUGGCCGUGCUCGUCGUCUCUGCUCUUGCGGCGAGGACGGAGUACUCCUGGCAGGAGGGCGGCGGCGACCCGGCCGCGACGGCGUGCGCGCGGCGGCCCGUGGUGUUCGCGUUCGGGGACUCCAACACGGACACGGGCGGCGUCGCGGCGGGGCUGGGCUACUACUACCCGCUCCCGGAGGGCCGCGCCUUCUUCCGCCGCGCCACAGGGCGCCUCUGCGACGGCCGACUCGUCAUCGACUACCUCUGUGAGAGCCUGAACAUGAGCUACCUGAGCCCGUACCUGGAGGCCCUGGGCUCCGACUUCACCGGCGGCGCCAACUUCGCCAUCUCCGGCUCCGCCACGCUCCCCCGCAGCGCCCCCUUCUCCCUCCACGUCCAGGUCCAGCAGUUCAUCCACUUCAAGCAGCGAUCCUUCGAGCUCGUCGCCCAUGGUGGGAGCGCCCCGGUCGACGCCGACGGCUUCCGGAACGCGCUCUACCUCAUCGACAUCGGCCAGAACGACCUCUCCGCCGCGUUCGGGAGCGGGGCGCCCUACGACGACAUCAUCCACCUCAAGAUCCCGGCCUUCAUCUCAGAGAUAAAGGACGCCAUCAUGACUCUCUACUACAACGGCGCCAAGAACUUCUGGGUCCACGGCACCGGCCCCCUGGGCUGCCUGCCCCAGAAGCUCGCCGCGCCCAGGCCCGACGACGGCGACCUCGACUACAGCGGCUGCCUCAAGACCCUCAACAACGGCGCCUACGAGUUCAACAACCAGCUCCGCGCCGCCUGCGACGAGCUCAGGUCGCAGCUGCGUGGCGCCACCAUCGUCUACACCGACGUGCUGCUCGUCAAGUACGACCUCGUCGCCAACCACUCCGCCUACGGAUUCGAGGAGCCGCUCAUGGCGUGCUGCGGCUACGGCGGGCCGCCCUACAACUACAACGCGAACGUGAGCUGCCUCGGCCCGGGCUUCCGGGUGUGCGAGGACGGCGCCAAGUUCGUCAGCUGGGACGGCGUGCACUACACCGACGCCGCGAACGCCGUCGCCGCCGCCAAGAUCCUCUCCGGCGAGUUCUCCACGCCCAAGCUGCCCUUCGCCUACUUCUGCAAGGCAUGACGACGACGGGCCUGCGCUGGCAGUGCACUGUGUUUGAUACCAGCAAGCAAAGCCGAGCGAUUUAUUAUUAGCUGAGAAUCCGUUCGCAACCAAGGCAAGAAAUGUGACGCAUUUCACAUGGAAUAAUUUGUGACUAACCGUCUGUCCUCCUGUACCCUCCACACUCAAUAUCAGGUAGGAUUGUGCAUUA